AUGUCAAACCACGGCUGUAAUCUGCACUUUGAAUUAGAUCCAUGUGCCCACCGGGUCUUUCUGCCAGCAGAAGGCAACCCCAUCCCAGAGGGCCCUCACAUCACGGGCAAGUUAAUCUUGAGUCUGGCGCAGCCUAUGCGGAUAGGAUCGAUCGACGUGCAGUUGAGGGGAUUCAUAAAGCGACGAUGGGGCAGCUCCGAGAGGCCCAAGACGUUGACCAAAAGCUGCACCGAGUCGGUUAUCUUCCAGCGCAGUUGGCAGCUGAUGCGAACACCUGUCUUUCAGUCCAGAAUAUAUGCCCCGGGCAGACAUGAGGUAAUAUUGGACCUCGCCCUCGGGUCAGGAGAGCAUAUGCGAGAGUCUGUGGAUGGCGUGGAAGGCUAUUCGAUCUCAUAUCUGCUGAUCGGAACCGUGACGAGGAAACUUGCGAGCGAUCUGACAUGCCAUGAGAGCAUCAAGGUGUAUCGAAGCUAUGCGCCGAGUGAGUGGUACUCCUUUGCGACCGUACAUGCUCUGGACAACGAGUGGCCAGGCAAAAUUCGAUAUUCUAUCACCUAUCCUGCCACCCAGAUACCAUUUGGAUCAGAUCUCUGCCCUCGUAUUCAACUAUACCCAUUGACCGAGGGUCUUCAGAUUGAAAGCAUCACAAUCGAAGUCGUGGAGACUCACCACUUUGCGCCAAAUCCAUCCCUCGACGGAGGGUUCCUGAAUCGAAUCACUCGCUCGCGCGUAAUCUGUAGAAAAGAGGUCUCGUCUUCUAAAGAUCCUGAUAUCUUAGUCCAUGAGCUCGACGGCGGAUAUGAGGUUGCACCGCUCCUCCCCUUGCCGACAUCGAUUCACGACUGCGCUCAGACGAUCCAAUCCUCCCACUUUGAUAUCACCCACAACGUGACCGUCACCAUCCGAAUCAUCAACACGGACGGGCACAUAUCAUCGGUCCGGGCCUCUACCCCCGUUGUCAUCUACAUGCAUAACGUCAACAUCACCCAGCUCAAGGCAUCAUCCCUCUAUUCCAGACACAUCAUCCCUCCGGUACCCGUCACGUGUAUGCUCACCUGUACUAUCGAGAUGUUCUUCGCCAUGUGGGCAUAUGCCAUCAGACUCCGGAUGGGUCGAUAUUCAAGAGCUGAGCCGAACACCGAGCUAUAA